AUGUUUCAUCAACUAAAUAGAGUCACAGGUCGGGUCGUUGCUGCCACCAAUUUACAAAGCCCACUUUUUCCCGUGGUUCCAAUUGCGUUGCAACGGGUGGACCCACCAGCUAUUCAGUAUAACACCACUCACAUGUCCACUGUAUCGGAUGCCUGCUCCACCGAAACAAGACGUAAAAUUCCUGGUACCAAUGAGUUCUACGCACCAUUAUCCCCAAAGCUCCGUAAAGAUCAGGAACGAUUCCAGAAAGAGGAUGACAUACCAGUCUUCUUGAAAGGUGGACCAUUUGAUGCAAUCCUUUACCGUUUCACCCUCCUACUCUGUGUGGCUGGAAUGAUUGGAGUUGGUCACACUGUUUACAUCCAUGCUGUACCCCAAAAUAAGUAA